CCUCAAGAAAUGGUCAAACAUAGAAAAAUACAUUCGUAUAUACCACCCAGAUUUAUUCAUCUCCUUCUCCUACACACACGCCAUUGUUGAACAUCAAUUCGAAUCCUCCCUGAUUGAUCUCCGCGCGUCCGAUCCAUAAUACCGGAAAUUCGUAUUAUGGCGUCGGAGAUCGAAAUUGUGGAGGAGGUGGAAUCGAGGGAUCACCGUCCAACGAACUCCUCCGCCGCGCCGGAGGAUGAGAGCUUGAGGAACGAUGUUUACACUGCCGCUGCCUACGGGGAUAUGGAGAAGCUCCAGAGAUUAGUGGAGACUGAGGCUUGCUCCGUCGCCGAGCCCGACGCCCUAGGCUACUACGCCCUCCAGUGGGCCGCGCUUAAUAAUCGAGCGGCCGCAGCUCAGUACAUUAUUGAGCAUGGAGGGGAUAUUAAUGCUCGUGAUCAUACUGGACAAACAGCUCUGCAUUGGAGUGCAGUUAAGGGUGCAAUUCAGGUUGCUGAACUUCUUCUGCAGGAGGGUGCUCGUGUCGGUGCAGCUGAUCUCAAUGGUUAUCAGACGACACAUGUUGCAGCACAGUAUGGUCAGACGGCUUUCCUUUGUCAUCUUGUCACAAAGUGGAAUGCUGAUGCUGAUAUUCCUGAUAACGAUGGAAGAAGCCCAUUGCACUGGUACUUGACAAAUUUCAGAAGGGAACUAUCCUCUGUACUGUCUUUGUUGAAGACUUACAGCUACCAUCUUUCACAGGCUGCUUACAAGGGAUUUGCUGACUGCAUUCGCGUUUUGCUGUACCUGAAUGCUCAUAGAUUGCGGAAAGAUAAAGAAGGUUGCACACCGCUGCACUGGGCUGCCAUUAGGGGUAACUUAGAAGCAUGCACUGUUCUGGUGAUGGCAGGGAAGAAAGAAGAUUUGAUGGUAACAGAAAAUACCGGCCUUACACCUGCACAGCUUGCUGCUGAUAAAAGUCAUAGACAAGUUGCAUUUUUCCUUGGAAAUACUAGAAGGUUGUUUGACAAACGAUGGGAUAACAACAGCUUUCUCGGCAGGCUUUCAAAACUAGGACUUGCUCCCUUUCUUUGGUGUAUAAUUCUAAUGAUGCUUGCAACAUAUAUAUAUUCAGUUAUUACAGCUUCAAAUCUGCCAAGGUUAACAGCUGGCUUUGGUCUUUUUGCCUGGAUGGGUGUGUUCUUGGCAUCAGUAGGUCUAAUUUUCUUUUAUAGAUGUAGCAGCAAGGACCCUGGGUUUAUCAGAAUGAAUGUACAUGAUCCAACAAACAUGAAAGACGAUGAGCCUUUACUGAAGAUCGAAAUAAAUAAUCCUGCUUUAAUUAAUGGAAAUUGGUCUCAGCUUUGUGCAACUUGCAAGAUUGUGAGACCUCUUCGUGCCAAACAUUGUUCCACCUGUGAUCGUUGUGUUGAGCAAUUUGACCAUCAUUGCCCAUGGGUGUCCAAUUGCAUUGGCAAGAAAAACAAGUGGGAUUUUAUCUUCCUUCUUAUUCUCGAAGUUCUGGCAUUGCUGAUAUCUGGCUCAGUAGCUUUGACAAGGGUUUUGACAGACCCAGUGGCCCCAUCUACCUUUGGUGCCUGGUUGAGCCAUGCUGCUAAUCAGCAUGUUGGCCUUUUAGCAUUUUUAGCUGCAGAUGCUUUCCUCCUUUCUGCUGUUGGAGUUUUGACUUGCGUGCAGGCUUCUCAGAUUGCUCGCAAUAUAACUACAAAUGAAAUGGCAAACAUGCUGAGGUACAGCUACCUAAGAGGACCAGAUGGUCGAUUUCGUAAUCCAUAUGAUCAUGGCUGCAAGAAGAACUGCACAGAUUUCCUGAUAAAUGGUUAUAACGAAGACAUAGAGCAUGUUGAAGAACCAAGGGAAUCUGAAGGAAUCGGGAUGAUAAAUAUGACGCGGGAUGCAGACCAUACUCAUGGUGUGAACCAUACUCAUCAACCAAACCGAAACGGUCAUGUAGUAAUUGAUGUGAACAAGACCUCUAAUACACAUCAGGGUCACAUUCAUUCUUCUCAAUGCAGCCACAGCCACAGCCACAGUCCCAACCCCAGCACCAGCCACACCCAAAGGCAUAAUCAAAGUCACAGUAAUAGUCAUGUCCCUGCAGGGCUGGGCAUCGGAUUAGGCCGAAAUGUUUCUCGUGCUGCUGUGGUAUCAUGAUAAGAUGAUGUUUACUGUAGGUGAAUGGUUGCCUAAAGUGAUCUGCAACUGGCGACUGCAUUUUGUAUCUUGCUCAAUCAUCUUGAUUUUUUCGACCCUUGUAUAAAAUUUUGUUGUAUGUUGUAACAUUCGACAUGGUUUAUUUCCCAUAUUAGCCUUGCCCACCUCUUUCAGUGUGCACUGAAUGCACCAUAGGAAUUGGUAGGCAUGCACACGGUUCAUAAA